AUGCAGAUAAUCAAAUCCAAUUUUCACUUCAGUUUUCUCAUUCUUAUCGGAUGUAUUUUGAGACCAUCUCAACAUCAAAGUAUUUCUAGUGAUUGGCAAUCAUCAGCGAAUUUAUCCAGUAAAGGUUUUGAAUUUUCUCCUAUUGAUGAACAAGCUCUCCUAUUGUUCGACAUCAUUGCUAAAUCAUUGAUUUCUUGUGUUAAAAUAUGUCAUUCAACUGUACCUUGUUACAUAUUUGAUUUCGAUGAUCAAUCACAUCGUUGUCGUAUCUUCGAAGGUAAUAUAACUACUAUGGGUUCAAUUGUUGCUUCUUCAUCUUCUCAAUCUCGUGUCGGAUCAAUAAAACUCUAUCCAGAACAAUUUACUAACCUAGGACAAUCAUGUUCAUUUUGUCAAAGAAGUAAAUAUUUGACAUGUAUAAAUAAUACUUGUCUAUGUCCAGCACAUACAUAUUUUAAUGGAUUGAUUUGUCAAAGUCAAAAAUUACUUGGAGCUAAUUGUACUAUUGAUGGAGAAUGUCGUCUAGAUCUUAAUUAUAUAUGUUUACCACGUCAACAAUGUGGCUUUGCAUCAAUGCAGACUGGAACUAUUGUUGGCGGCUAUGGUAAUGGUACGGGAGGAAGUACUCUUGAUGCUCUUCAAUAUCCGACAGGAUUAGCAAUGGGAAUUGACAAUUCACUAUACGUUUCUGAUUAUCUAAAUCAUAGAGUAAUUAAAUUACAACAAGGAUCUUUAAUGGGUUCAAUCGUUGCUGGUACAGGAGUAGCUGGUAGCAAUCUCAAUCAAUUGAAUGGACCAACAGGUUUAUACGUUGAUACAUCAUUAAAUAUCUACAUUGCUGAUAGUAAGAAUUUUCGAAUAAUGUUUUGGCAAAGAGAUUCAUCAAUUGGUGUUAAAGUUGCGGGAACUGGCGUUUCUGGAAAUACACUAAACAGUUUUUCUACUGUAGUUGGUUUGUCUGUUGAUUUACAAGGAAAUAUUUAUCUUUGUGAUUCUUUUAAUCAUCGUAUAAUGAAAUUUACACCAAACUCUAGUGAUGCUAUAAUUGUAGGAGGCACUGGUGUAGCCGGAAAUAGUAGUUAUCAACUUAAUACACCCUGUGGUAUCUACUUCCAAGACCUUAAUUCGUAUCUCUACGUUGUUGAUAGUAACAAUCAUCGAAUUCAACGUUAUAAUGUAGAUGUAUCAACGAAUGGUACGACAGUUGCUGGUGGAAACGGAGAAGGAUCAGCAAGUAAUCAGUUAAAUUCACCAUAUUCUGCAUGCGUUUCGAAAAUAACUAAUGCUAUCUAUAUUAGUGAUUCCGGCAACAAUCGUAUACAACGUUGGCGUUCUGGAGCGACAAGUGGAGUAACUAUAGCAGGAAAUGGUACAUUGAUUAAUAGUUAUUCAACAUCGCUAACAGGACUUAUGGACGUUAGAUUAAGCAAUAAUGAGAAUUAUCUAUUUGUAAGUGAAAUGUAUUACAGUAGAAUAUGGCGUUUUCAACUCAUUUAA